AUGGACGUAGGCACCACGAGCUACCGCCCUCCGGAACUCAUGUUUGGCAAUCAGUGGUACAACACCAGCCUCGACAUGUGGGCAACUGGUUGUGUGGUUGCUCAAGUGGUGAGCUUGGGUUCUCAAACGUUGUUCGAUUCUGGUGAUCUUGGGAGCGAUCUUGCCUUGAUUAAGAGCAUCUUUUCUACGCUGGGAACUCCGGAUAUCGAGAGAUGGCCUGUGAGUUUGCACAGAAACAACAUACAGAGUCAAAAGUUAACUCCUCGCAGNGAAGCCAGAGGCCUACCAGACUGGGGCAAGAUGGCCUUUGUACAGUACCCUUCCAAAGCUUGGACAGAAGUAUUACCCAAUGCUUCAUCGGAUGCAGUAGAACUGGUGCAAAACCUCAUCGUCUACGAAAGUGGCGACAGGAUGAAAGCUGACGAAGUAAGUCUCAUCAUCUCUGAUUAG